AUGACCGAUGAGGAUAAAAAUGAGAAAGAUGCUGGAAUUUCAGAGCCGACGGGAAGCAGCGAAGUUGCGGCAAUUCAAGAAUUGUUGGCCGAAUGUGGAGUGGAGGAGUAUGAUUCGAGAGUUGUUGGAAUGUUGAUGGAUGUGAGGGUUUUUGGGGGGAAAUCUGAAAUUUUUUGGAAAAAUACAUAUUUUUUUAGUGAAAAUUCCCAGUUUUCUUCAAAUUCUGACUUAAAACUUGGAUUUUUCGAUGUUUUUAACAUGAAUUCUGAAAUUUUUGAGAUUCGUGACCUUUGGCAACUGAAAAAUCUGAAUUUCUGGUUGAAAUUAUAGCUUAAGCUCAUUUUUUGAGCUAAAAAAAUUGAAAAAUCUCAUGUUUAUGCUCAAAAUUCUCCGAUUUUCUUGCUGAAAAUGGAAAUUAUACAAUCCACGUGGAAUUUGGAGCAUUUUGAGGUCAAAAAAUGAGCAAGUUUGGUCUCAAAUUGCUCUGAAUUUCUUGCUGAAUAUCAUAAAUCUGAAAUCCACGUGGAAUUUGGAGCACUUUGAGCUCAAAAUGAGCAAGUUUUGUCUCAAAAUGAUCCGAAUUUCUUGCUGAAAAUGAAAAUGUAGCAAUCCACGUGGAAUUUGGAGCAUUUUGAGCACAAAAUGAGCAAGUUUGGUCUCAAAAUGCUUCGAAUUUCUUGUUGAAAAUGGAAAUUUAGCAAUCCACGUGGAAUUUGGAGCAAUUUGAGCUCGAAAAUGAGCAAGUUUGGUCUCAAAAUGCUCCGAAUUUCUUGUUGAAAAUGAAAAUUAUACAAUCCACGUGGAAUUUGGAGCAUUUUGAGUUCAAACAUGAGCAAGAUUGGUCUCAAAAUGCUCCGAUUUUCUUGCUGAAAAUGAAAAUUUCGCAAUCCACGUGGAAUUUGGAGCAUUUUGAGCUCAAAAUGAGCAAGUUUGGUCUCAAAAUGCUUCGAAUUUCUUGCUGAAAAUGAAAAUUUCGCAAUCCACGUGGAAUUUGGAGCAUUUUUGAGCUCAAACAUGAGCAAGUUUGGUCUCAAAAUGCUUCGAAUUUCUUGCUGAAAAUGAAAAUUUAGCAAUCCACGUGGAAUUUGGAGCAUUUUGAGCUCAAACAUGAGCAAGUUUGGUCUCAAAAUGCUUCGAAUUUCUUGCUGAAAAUGGAAAUUAUACAAUCCACGUGGAAUUUGCAGCAUUUUGAGCUCAAAAAUGAGCAAGUUUGGUCUCAAAAUGCUCCGAAUUUCUUGAUGAAAAUGAAAAUGUAGCAAUCCACGUGGAAUUUGGAGCAUUUUGAGCACAAAAUGGAAAUUUCAAAUCUUGCAGGUUCAAUUCUCAAUGACGUCAAAAAUUCUGGAGCUCGCCAGCGGCCUCGCGCGCCACAAUCAAAAACAAGUCAUCGAUUCCGACGAAAUCCACGCGGUCAACGAUAUUUUGGGAAUUUUGAAAGAAGUCGCGCCGGAUCAUCGCGAAAAAAUGCUACAAACGUCGAUCGAGAAAAAUGAGCACGCGCUUCCGCAAAUUCGACACAAUUAUGGGCUGAAAUUGCCGAAUGAUCGAUUUUGUCAGUUGGCACCGAAUUUGGAGUUUAGAACUGAUGAUUAUGAAUUGUGAGUUGGCAAAAAUCGGAUUUUUAUGGAAUUUUUGCAUAAAAACAUCCAAAAUCAAGGUUUUUUGCUGGAAAAUUAAAAAAUUGACACGUGGACUUUUUUUGUUAGAAAAAAAAUACGAUUUCCUAAAAUUUUAGCGCUAGAAUAUAGCAAUUCAGUUUUUUUGCCUCGAAGUUUUUUGGAUUUCAUAAUUUCCACGUGGAUUUUUGGCGCGAAAAUCUCAAUUUUCAAAAAAAAAAUCCUAAAUUGCUAGAAAUGAGUUAUGACGUGGCAAAUUUGGUUUAAAAUUUUAAUUUUUCAUUCAUUUUCAUUCUCAGUUGUUUCCAGAAUUAGGAAAUUCAAAAAACUUGGGGCCAGAAAAUUUAAAUUUCAAAUAUUAGCGCAAAAAAUCCACAUUUUACGAAAUUUUAUUUUUUUUUUAAAUCCACGUGUCAAUUUUGAAAUUUUUCGUCAUUUUUGCCUUGCCCUCAGGAAAAAAUUAGCGAUGGUGCCGCGACUUUUCGACGUUUUGCGACGGUACCGAUACCUUUUUGCCUUGGUACCGAACCCUUUUGCACUUUGGACUGGUGCCGAACAAGUUCGGUACCCUUGCGAAAUUUUCAACAGUGAUUAUUUUACAAAUAGGGUUAUGCACUGGUACCGAACUAAAGUUCCGCUCUUGUGCAAAAAAAUACUUAGCGAUUUUUUGAGUGCGGUGUGUCGUAAUCGACUGAAGCGAAAAACGUUGAGAAUCCUUUUAAUCUUUGACAUAAUUUUUGAAAAAUUAAUUUUCAAAUACUCAGAGAUUCGCUGGCCACCAGAUUGCUGCGGCCACCUGGAAACCGCGUGGCGGCCAGGUCGCCUCGAGUUUUCCGGCGACGUGUGUUUGAAAUCCUGGAAAGCUAGCAAGACAGUGGUUUGUACUCAUACAUGGCAUCUUUGCCCAACGGACCCUCCAUGUAAUGAUCCCCCUCCCCAAAAUUUUGAAAUGUCAUGAUCCCCCCUCCAUUUUUUUCGUCAAAAAUUUGAAAAAAUAAAUGGUGAAAAAAAUGAAAAAAAUCAAAGAGAGAGGGGGAAUUUCAUUUUUGACAUAUUUUUCAGGUUCGAUAAUUUGGAAACUAGUGCUUUAGGAAUAUCGGAUGUAGAGAAAGGGCGAAGAAUUCGACGGAUAUCAUUCAUUGGCUAAUUAUUCUUAUUUCUCAUUUUAUUUCUAAAAUUCUCAAUUAUAUUUUUCUAUAUCCUUCUAAAAUAAAAAAUGAGUUUAUUGUAGUAAGUUCCUUUCAGAAAUCUUCAUGCAAUGAUCAUGCUCAACCCUUCUGAAGAAUUCCAUAUAAAUUAUAGACAAUGCGUUAUUUAUUUGAUAAUCAAAUUGAAACUCAAAAAUAUUGAAUUAGAAAACAAAAGAAAAAAGUGGAUUCCACCGAGGAUUCGAUCCAAAAACCGUCUGAUUAUUACGCGCGAUCUCUACCGACUUGACCACGAGGCUACUUUUUUCACACGCUUAUUUUUAAGUGAUAAAAAAGGGAUAGGAAGGGGAGAGAAAAUGAAGAAGAGAAGGAGAAGCGGAAAAAAUCAUGAAAUUUUUGAAAAAUUUCCAUUUUUUAUCGAAUUUCGCCGAUUUUGUUAUAUGUUUCGACUGUAUAAGUAACUUAAGGAUGGUAGAAAGGAAUGUCUGUUAAAAUUAUCUCAAAAGAUGGCUUAUUUCUUGAGAUAUGAUCCCCCCAAAAUGACAUAGCAAAACGGCUUCGAUUUUGGGGGGGAUCAUAUCUCAAGAAAUAAACCUUCUUUUAAGAUAAUUUCGACAGACAUUCCUUUCUACCAUCCUUAAGUUACUUAUACAGUCGAAACAUAUAACAAAAUCGGCGAAAUUCGAUAAAAAAUGGAAAUUUUUCAAAAAUUUCAUGAUUUUUUUCCGCUUCUCCUUCUCUUCUUCAUUUUCUCUCCCCUUCCCCUAUCCCUUUUUUAUCACUUAAAAAUAAGCGUGUGAAAAAAGUAGCCUCGUGGUCAAGUCGGUAGAGAUCGCGCGUAAUAAUCAGACGGUUUUUGGAUCGAAUCCUCGGUGGAAUCCACUUUUUUCUUUUGUUUUCUAAUUCAAUAUUUUUGAGUUUCAAUUUGAUUAUCAAAUAAAUAACGCAUUGUCUAUAAUUUAUAUGGAAUUCUUCAGAAGGGUUGAGCAUGAUCAUUGCAUGAAGAUUUCUGAAAGGAACUUACUACAAUAAACUCAUUUUUUAUUUUAGAAGGAUAUAGAAAAAUAUAAUUGAGAAUUUUAGAAAUAAAAUGAGAAAUAAGAAUAAUUAGCCAAUGAAUGAUAUCCGUCGAAUUCUUCGCCCUUUCUCUACAUCCGAUAUUCCUAAAGCACUAGUUUCCAAAUUAUCGAACCUGAAAAAUAUGUCAAAAAUGACCACAUGCAAAAACCCAAUUUUUUUCUAGCGUACCGAUUUCACUUUGAAAAAAAUUUAGAUUUUUUGUAUGUAAUGAUCCCCCCCCCUCGAAAAUUUUUUCCAAAUGUCAUGAUCUCCCCCUCACAAUUUUGAGAGCAGUGCCAUGUAUGUUUGUACUCAAAACACUGCAUUUUAUACUGUUUUUUUCACUUCCUAAGGUUUCAAGUGCUGCGAAAAAACAGAAAAUUAGCCAAAUUUUUCGAAAAUGUCUCAAUUCACAAGUUUUUCAGACAUUUUCAUGAAAAUUCAUUUUGACGUGGCGAAGUGGCCACCACAUGGUAGCCAUGUGGGCUUGACCUAGCCAGCGAAAAAAAACCGGGCGACAUGGUUUCCAUGUGGUUCCCAAGUCAGCCAGCCUCCCCACCUGGUGGCGUGCUGGCCAGCGAAUCUCUGAGUUGCUUCAUUUCUACUUUUGGAGUUUUUGCGACGUAAGAAAGAGAAAAGCUCGACAUUUGAAGAAUGAAGAAUGAAAGAAAAUGUGAUAUUUUCCAUUGAAAAGUAAAAUUGUGCUGUUUUUCGGUAUUUUUCCUAUGAAAAUGUGAAAAUUCAACAUCAAAUUCAUCUAUCGCCAAUUUCAAUAGGUAAAUACGUCUGUUCUUAAUGCUUUCAUCGAAAAUUCAAUAUCAAAAUCUUAUCAUACGUUUCUAGAACAAAAAUCAUGACAAUUUUCGAUAAACUUCUUCUCAAAAGCGAUGAUUUUCACCCCGAUAUUCAAUAACUUUGUUGAAAUGUGUUGUCGAAAAAGUUUUACAUAUGAUUAUGCUCGAUUCUUGAUUUUCAUUCCGAAUAUCGCGCUAGUUUUCAUGAAAAUUGUACUUUUCGUAGUCUCAAACAAAAAAGCCAUCUCGGGUCCGACAAGAAAGUGUGCAAUUGCGCGUAAACUUGUGUGUAUAGUACGCAGAAGCAGAAAAAACAUGUUUUUUUUUGUUUUGUUUCUUUUCAACGCUUUUUUCGUGUGUUUUUCUAGGUUUCGAUGUAAUUCUUUGUUUUCAGAUAGUCGAAAAUUGCUAUUCGACAAGGAAAAUUACAGUUUACAAACUGUGCUCCAAUAAUUUUCAGAUAUAAAAGGCGAAAAGACGACAUAUUUGAAGGAACACAUGUUUGGCGCUCUCUUCAGGUUUGAUUUUUAUGUAUUGUCUUUCGAAAACUCAGAAAAACCGUAGGUUCAAUGAUUGAUUUCAGAUCGAAACGAUUGAAAUAUCAUGUGUAACAACGAAGAAGUCAAAAAAAGAAACGAAACGAGGAAAACACCCUGAAGAACUUCGCAAUGCAAUGGAAAUGGCUCAAAUCGUGAUCGAUCUUCAAAGAAAACUAGACGGUGAGUGUUUUUUAUAUAAAAUCUACUUAGAAAGUAUGAUAUAUACGUGGGAAAUAUUCUUUAUUAAAAGAAGUAACUUCUCUGAGUUGUGAGGAUUAGUUUCCUUAUUUUUACAACGAAUUUCCUAUGAUUUUUGAUUGUCUUCGAAAUUUCCUCAAAAAAUAUUAAAGGGGUUGAAAGCAACACAACAAUUUUGAAAGUAACUUCAGACUUCCAUUUAUCACUUAUAUUUUACAGAUUUCCUCAAACGUGACGUGGAAUCUGCAAUCAACAUCAAAUAACUUCAAACCUGAACGAAGGCGCCUUCAUUCGUCAUUUUUUCUGUAUUUGACAGUCAAUAAAUGUUAUUUUCACACUGUGUAAUGUUUUUUCUGUUUUCUGAAGCUCACUUUCAAGAGGCGAGCCGCUUUUAUCCUGCGUAUAUUCAAUGCAAAAUGCUCUAAUUUUGCACCGGUGCGGAUCCAUUAAAACCCGAAUGCACUGGUACCGAACAUAUUUUGCUCGGGUGCCGUACGCUUUUUGCCCUGGUGCAGCGACGGGGCGGGUACUUUGACAAAAUGAGUUCGGUACCAGGGCCGAUAAGGUUCGGUACCAUCGCUAAUUUUUUCCUGAGCCACGUCAUAACUAAUUUUGAAAUUUUCGAAAAAACAUCCAGAUUCUGGUUUUCAUCAUUAUUUCAAUUUAAAAAAAAUUGUUUUCAUGUUGCCACGUCAUAAGAUCCUCAAUUUUAGCCAGAAUUUCACGAAAAAUCUGAUUUUCCUCAUGUUUUUCUUGCAGAAUGGACACCUCCACCUCAAAUAUUCCACAUUUCGAUCCACAACAACUUCACCAGCAACAACAACAACAAUCUCAAACGAUGCUCCGGCCUGACGUUGUGCAGAAUAUUUUGAAACGACGCGCGCCCGAAGAUGAUUUUGAUUCUUGA